CAUCGACUAUUUCUUCUAUAACAUUAUUACCACUUCUAUUUCAUCUUCUAAUAUAUUGCAGUCAGCCUUGUAGCUGGUUGUUAUCAAUGAUCCCUAUCCCCACAACAACUAUUACCGAGUGUCAAGCAACAGUCAUUAAAAAUUAAGAGGGGGUAUGUUGAGGGUGUGUGGUGGUGUUUGUGACCACCUGGCAACCUUUCCGUGUGAUGGAGAGAUUAUUAAGCCUUCUAGAGUGUUCUGUAGCAUAUAAGGUGUCCUUUUUUUUUUUUUAGCUAUAGGAAAUGCUAUGGGAAGAAUAGGUACUGAAGGAAGAAUUAACAGUUCGUUAUGUAAAUGUGGACGCUGGAAGUGACAGAAGCUGUGACUGUCCACGAGGAAAACUUUAUUCUCAUUCAGGAGAGCGUUGAACGUCAACCAUGCAUGCACAAGGAGAACUUCCCUGCCCUCCAGGCACCGUACCCAUGAUUCCGGGUUUUGUGCCCCCUCAGGUACCUGCAAUGAUGGCCUUUCCACCAGGGUAUGUGCCACCUCAGAUACCCAUGAUACUUCCCGUCCCCCAGAGACCACCUGGAUGCCCGCCUGGACUGGAGUACUUAACCCAGGUUGACCAGCUCCUUGUCCAUCAGAAGGUGGAACUAAUCGAAGCUAUAUUGGGUUGGGAGACCAACAACCAAUAUGUUGUGAAAAACAGCCUGGGACAGCAGGUGUGGCUUGCCUUCGAAGAGAGUGACUUUUGCACGCGGAUAGUUUGCGGUUCUGCACGCUCUUUCGUCAUCCACUUCCAGGACAACAUGGGAGAGGAAGUGCUCACUCUCGCACGGCCUUUAAAGUGCAGCAGCUGCUGCUUUCCCUGCUGCCUACAGGAGCUCGAGGUCCAGGCCCCUCCUGGCACUGCCAUUGGGUAUGUGAUGCAGGACUGGCACCCGUACCUCCCCAAGUUCACCAUCAGGGAUGAGAGAAAGAGAGCCGUGCUGCGGAUCGUCGGACCUUUCUGUGACUGUAACUGCUGCUCAGACGUCAUUUUUAAGGUCACGUCCCUGGACGAGGCUUCAGAAAUCGGUAGGAUAAGCAAACAAUGGACAGGCUUGGACACUGAAAUGCUUACGGACGCGGAUCAUUUCGGUGUGCAGUUUCCCAUGGAUCUGGAUGUUAAAAUCAAGGCUGUUGUAUUGGCUGCUUGUUUCCUCAUUGAUUUCAUGUUUUUUGAGCAUUCACCAAAACAGGACUGACAUCAUUAAUAUUAAUAAAAGAAAUAUCAUGGAGCAUCCUUUAGAUUAUAUUGUACAUGUGUAUGUAUUUGUAUGUACAUGUGUCUGUAUGUAUUUAUAUCAAGCUGUCAUGUUUAUUAAAUCAUUGACACUCCCAUUGACACUCUCAUUGACACUUUCCCUUGAGUCCAGGGGGCCUUGACCUCAGAUUUCUGUAAUGCUGCUUUGUGAACAAUGACGGUUGCAAAAAAAAAAAAAUUAAUAAAAAAUAAAAAAAAACAACUAAAAUUGAAAAUUUCCUGUGUAUGUGUACUUCAAAAGAGCAUGGCUUUGUGCAAAAUGCAGCAUUAUAGAAAUCUGAGUCCAGGCCCUGGAAUCAAGGUAGCCAAAAGUGACAGUGGUUUAAAAAAAAAUGAAAGAAAAAAAAACAAAAAAACAGGAAGAAACAUUGAGAGGAACCAAAACUCAGAAAGCAGAACCCAUGCCUCUUUAGAUAAACGCUUGGCUAGUGUGAGAACAGAAAAAUGUCACGAAAACUAGAAAACUAGAAAGCACACUAUCAGCUCAAAAUACUACUCCCAUUCAUUAUUUCUUAUAUUUUGUGAUCUGGUAAGUGUGAAGGUGGCCAUAGUGUCUGAUUUACAACAUUUUCAUACUCAUCAACCCUUUCAGUCAAUUCCUGGAAGAGACCACGCGCAUCAUUAACGAUAACUGUCAGCCAUUAUUCAGUGUGGUGUUCCCGUGUGUGUGUGUGUGCUGCUUGUACAAGUGUACCAUUUGUUUAAUGGAUGUCCUCUAUGAUUUCAUAGCCACUUACUGCAUUACAUGUCCAUUAGCUCUUAACUGGAUUUGAAUUCUGUUAUCCUGAUCCUGCUUGUUGCUCCAUAUUCUCUGCAGUAAACCUUACUACGACGUUUCCUACUGGAGAAGCGAAUUCAGCUGUGGGUUUAAGGUGCGGCAUGUUACCAGGUGAUUCGUGUCUAAUAAGAAAUCGCACUUUAUACAAUAGCUAUUGUGCGUACGGAUUAAGAGAACUAUGUGUGGUUGAUCAAAUUACUGUAUGCGUAUGUUUGGUAACAAAACAAUCCGACAUAUUCUAUUUUCUAUUCUGUUUUUGUAUUAACUAACCAAGUGAGCCGUGCCUAGGUGAACAUCACAUUUAUUAUCAUCAACAGCGUAAACGAUAGCUGGCUAGGUAACUUUAACAAAGCUGUUGGGCUUUAAGUAGCUUAGUAUGUUCCCUAGCUAGUUAGCUAGCUCAUGUUAAUUCAUACAUGUUACUAGCGUCCAUGUAUCUAGCAAAGAGCCAGACACAUGUUGUCUGAGGGGCAGGGGUGAAAGAAUGAAUAGGGCAGGAGCACCUAGGGGGCACUUCUCAUUUUUUGAAUGUAGGGGAGCCUAUAGGGCAUUACAUCUGGUUUUCUGCAAUGAAAGGUCAGCGAAUAUGGCACUUUAUUAUGUUUCCUUGCGUCUGCGUCACAUAUUCUCCAUUGCAAGGGCACCCUAGAGAGCACUUCUUCAUGUUUUCUUGCAGCCUAUAGGGCACUGCGUCACAUAUUCUCCAUUGCAAGGGCACACUAGAGGGCACUUCAUCAUGUUUUCUCGCAGCCUAUAGGGCACUGCGUCACACAUUCUCCACUACAGGGGCAGUCUAGAGGGCACUUCUUCAUGUUUUAUUUCAGCCUAUAGGGCACUGCGUCACAUAUUCUCCACUACAGGGGCACCCUAGAGAGCACUUCUUCAUGUUUUCUUGCAGCCUAUAGGGCACUGUGUCACAUAUUCUCCACUGCAAGGGCACCCAUUAGGGCACUUCUUCAUGUUUCAUUACAUGUAGGGGAGCCUAUAGGGCUCUGCAUCUUGUUAUCCCCCAUUGGAAGGGCACCCUCUUCAUGUUUUCUCUUACAUAUCAGCACCCUAUAGGGCAUUCCAUUCUUUACUGGGUUUACGGCCUGGAGAGCACUUCUACAGAAGUCUAUAGGGCACUGCAUCAUGUAUUAUAAUAUAUAGAUCAUGUUUUCUCCACUGUAAGGGCACUCUAGAGGGCAUUUUAUCAUGUUAUACCUUCCAUAGGGGCACCCAAGAGGGCACUUGUGCUGUUUGGGGGCACCAUGGGCCCAUCCCCCUGCUCCAUAAGUCUACCCUCCAGCUGCCAGGGAUUACACACAGAAAAGUACAGUUAGAGUGAACCAUAUUCUCCAAAUACUCUAACAAAUGUACCUAUGGCUUGGUACCUUCCACCCUUACAUGCUAAAGUUUGUAAAAGAUAUUUGUUUGCAACAUGUUGUUUUGGUUAAUAAAUUAUAGACUAUAAAUAAUAGACUUUUGUAGCUACACACUCUUUAAUUUUAUUGUUGUUAACCUUAAUUCAUAAUAGAGUGAAUAAUUGAGUAAUAAUCUAAUAGUUAAACACACACACACACACACACACACACACACUUCUACCAUUUCUCCUGGGAGUACAUCUCCCAGGAUUUCCCUCACUGUUGCUCGAGCUACCUCCAUUGUCAUGUGCAAUAUGAUCUUAAUAAGAGCUUAAUCACACACACACACACACACACACACACACACUCACCCAGCAGGUCUUUCUGAAAAGAAAAAAACUAAAGGAAUGAUACACGGAAGAUGUACAGUGGUUUAGUAGAAAUUUAUAGUCUGUAGUCGAAAUCCCCACCCCUUCCUUGUGGGAGUUGCCCUCCAGUGCCUGGUGCAAAGCCAGUGUCUAGAUAAAUGUCUCUCCGGCAGGUUUUCAGGUUGCUAUAACAGCAGAAGAGAGAGAGGCAACGUCAUGAGCGUAUGGUGGAAAUCUACCAGUCGUGCUGUUACUCAUUCUACUUUGCUCUCCAAACCGAAUUUACUGCUACUGGGUAGAAG